ACCCGCAUUCACUUAAAAAUUCACAAAACAUCCUUAUUAUAUCACUGAAUCAAGAAGCAAUGCACUGCAACAAAUAAAUAACCAAUGAUUAAGUAUUCUUCACCUAACAGAAUGACUAGCGCACCACAGCAUCAGUAACUGCAAGAAUGAGGAUCAAAUAUUAUCUCGACUAUGCUUGUUAAACCUUACAAAGCUACAGAGGCCAUGGCAAAGGUGACGGGCUGUUGCUUUGGCAGAGUUAAUGAGCUGGGUGUUGCAUUGGCUCGCUAAAGAAACAAGAGGAGGAGGAGGAGACGAAACAGAUUAUUCAUACUGUGUUUUGUUUUUGUACCACGCCGUGACUGGAACCGACUUGUACCACGUAGAAGAAGACGUGAGCUAUUGCCACACUCUCAUUGGAUCAAUUCUUCCUGCGUUUCCUUCACUGGCUAAUUUGACCAGUCCUGUUCUUUGCGUUGUGAGUCCUUCAAACUUGCUGCUUAUGAAUUUCUCAACCAGUUAUGAUAUUUUGAUGUGACCCUCUUGUUUUCUCUCAUCCAGUCCUGCUCUCAAAUUUGGAAAGGCCUAUAGGCGCAUAUAUUUCGUCCAGUUAUGUUUUCUGGCCUGUGGUUAAACUCUCGGCCAGUACCUUGGCAAUGAAACCUCAGGACAGUUAUUUCGUAAUUGCGUUUUCCGAGAUUUGAAAUACUUAGACUUUGCUGUUUAUUGAUCUGUGAAUUCACGCGUGGCCGAAUCUAGGCAAUGAAACCUCAGGAACUUUAAUUUAUUUCGUCUUGUAUUGUUUUCUGACGUGUAAAAAUCAUUAGAACUUGUUUAUUGCAUUCACUCUCUCUUCAAAUCGCUGGAUAGCCACUGCGACAAAUGUGGCCAGUGGAGCCUCAAUUUUUCCUAGUUACAGACGUGUUAGGUAGAGGUCCUCCAGUCCCCAGCGUGAGUGACAGAUCGCCAGCGUGUGUUAGUGCCAGGAAUAGUGAAGCGAAGAUCCUGUGGUGGGUUUUCUGGGAGACAGCUGUGGUAGCCAGGCUGGGGCCACGUCAGCGCGUCGCCGCCACCGUCGCAGAAGGUUGCAGUCACCACACGCCUCACUGCACGACUCGUCUCGACCACUGUGUUGCAAUUGCCAUGCACUGCAGCCUUCCCUCACCCCACCCAGCUUACCUCAGCCCCGCCCUGCCCAGCCUCGCCACGUCCCCCUCCCUUUCUUCCCAUCACAGGUGCCCCUCCCCCUGUACAGGUCAGCAGAGGGACUAUGAGACAACCCACCCCCCUCCUCCUCCACUUCCCUCCCCCCACCACCACCACCACCACCACCACCACUACUACUGCCACCACUGCUGCCACACCAAAGGACACGCCAUCUUAGCUGUACCACCAGCCACCACCACCACCAGAACCACCAGCACCACCACCACCACUACCAGCCAUGGCGCCUCGGUUCUGCGGCCUGGGCACCCCCUGUUCGUUGUGCCUGCGUGCUGCGAAGUGGUUGCCUGUGCUGUUCAUCGUCAUUGUAGUGGUGUGGUCGUAUUACGCUUAUGUGCUGCAACUCAACCUGUUCACCAUCACAAACAUCAUCGAGAAAUGCUUCUACUUGAUCAUCUACCACGUGUUGCUGGUCAUGUUCCUGUGGGCGUACUGGCAGACCAUCUUCACUGAGAUAGGCACCGUCCCCAAGCAGUUUCGCCUGCCGCCCUCUGAGCUGGACCGCUACGAGGCUGGGGAGACAGACGAGGCACGGCGCAGUGUUCUGGAGGGCUUCACACAGAAACAGAACCUCCCCAUCUACAACAGAACAGUAAUGGGCGAGAUCCGAUACUGCGAGAGGUGCGUGCAGAUUAAGCCAGACCGUUGCCACCACUGCUCUGUAUGUGGGGUGUGUGUGCUGAAGCUGGACCACCACUGCCCCUGGGUGAACAAUUGCGUCUCCUUCACCAACUACAAGUUCUUCGUGCUGUUCUUGGGCUACGCGUUGCUCUACUGCCUCUUCAUCGCUGCCACCACAUUGCAGUACUUCAUCUUGUUCUGGAAGUUCCCUUCAACCUUCCCUUCCUCGACCUCACAGAACCAGCUGACAGUGGACGGCAAAUUUCACAUCCUGUUUGUGUUCUUUGUCUCCAUCAUGUUCGCCAUCAGCCUGGUGUCUCUGUUUGGCUACCAUGUCUUUCUGGUGCUCAAGAACAGGUCCACGCUGGAAUCAUUCCGCGCACCAAUCUUCCGGCUGAACCACGCCUGGGUGCAGGACAAGGACGGCUUCAGUUUGGGGGCCUGCAACAAUUUCAUCGAGGUGUUUGGCGAAGAUAGACGAAAGUGGUUCCUGCCUGUUGCCACAAGUCUAGGGGAUGGAGUGAGGUUCCCAGUGCGAGGAGAUCCGAACCACCACCACCACCACCAUCACCACCACCAUCACAACCAACACCACCACCACCACCCCACCACCACCACCAUCACCACCACCACCACCACCACCACCUCCUCCUCCACCACCACCACCACCUCCACCCCAGUGCAAUCCUAUGGAAGCACACAAAUAAGGCGGGCUCUGCUUGUAAAAUUAAAACAGAGCCUGGGUGAUGGCGUGACCUAUCCCCAGCGCUGCAUUGACGAGGACCAGGACGGCUUGCUGGGGCCACGACACCGCUGGGCUGAUGAUGACGAGAGUGAGAUGGCUUACACCGGAUACAGUAACCACCAUACACAGAGCCUGGAGGAGGUGGUGGUGCAGUCCAAUCACACCAACCCUGUGUAAGUGAAGCCUCUGCCACAGCACUCCACACCACCACCACACCACCACACACCUGCCCACCUCACCAGUGUAAGAGCAAGCCAUCUAACCUACAGAAACUAAGGUCUUGAGUCAGUCCCUUCUGUUAUGUAUUCAACGACGAGGUUUCCACUGAUCUCCACGUAAACUGACAUCAGGGCCUCUGGUGUCAUCCUGGGUGGAAACUCUCAACAGAACCCUCCAAAGCAAGAUGAGAGGAUAAGGAAAGGUGCAGGAAGCCAUCAGCCCUACACGUUGCACUCCCUAUAUGAAGCAUUGUGAAGGGAAGUGAAAAUCUUGCUGUAAUCUUGGCUGUGUAUUCCAGUAGUCGUGUUGUCCUCACCCACGCCGCUGUGCUGUAAGGAUGACUGCAAGACGUCCAAUGCAAAUCAGUGGAAACUCGAUUGUCAUAUCUCAUUCAGUUCUCUAUAUUCCCCAGUGCAGGCAAGCUUGGUUCAUGACUGCACUGAGGCAACACCAUCUCCUCUCCAUGGGCUGGCUAGAACAUCAAGGGAACAGAUCUCAUAACAAGCUCUCAGAAACAACACCAGGGCUUCUGUGGAUGAGUGAAGGGUGCACUGAAAGCUAGCAAGAGUCAAAGGAACAUAUCUGUGGACAUUGCUCUCAGAAACAACACAGAAAUGCUAACCAGAAGCCAACAAGUGUCAGAGGAACAGGUAUCACAAGCUCUCACAGUAUCCAAGGCCUCUCUGGAUGGGUGAAGGGUGCACUGGAAGCUAGCAGGAGUGUCAGAGGAACAGGUGUGAUAACAAGCUCUCACAGUACCCAGGUUCUCUUUAGAAUACUGAAGUGUUUACCCAGAAGCUCACUGCGCUUGGAAACACCAACAACACCAGUCUCUCUUUACACAAACGCCAACCAGAAGCUAACGAAACUAACACAGAAUUACGAACGGUGAAGAGGAUCUCAGGACAGUGCACCCAGGAACAGAACCAAGAUAUUUUGAACAGCCAAGAUGCUUGCCAAAACUUCAUCAAAAGGAAACGAGGAUCUCAGCUACACUCAGACACCACCACCUCUUGCAGUGUCCCCCAGCUCACUAACAAAUCAAGGAAACAUAAGAUCUCACAGAAUUCUCAAGUGUAUCUAGUCCAGCCAGGCAUCGUUGGAGACCAUGUACCCUUAGACUAAGAACACAUGACAUCUCUUUAACAGAAACACUGAACAAAACAUCCCAGCACACUCUUGAAGGGAACUGAAGAUGGUAUGUUAAUUUUACAGCACAGGCAAGCUUUUGUGGCAUAGUACAGUUGACGCAAUGUGUUCGUCAUACACUGGGCAGACACUGAUGCACUGCUGGCUUGUGAGGAGUGGUAGAUCUGCUUGUUGUGUAAGCUUGUGUUGUGGAGUGUGUGUGUGUGAGCCAUAAAUGUGUGUGUGUGUGUUGAGGGUCUUCUUGGUGGACAGGGAAACAAGUGCUACGUCUUAUCCUGAGCUGUAAUGGCUGGGAAACGAUCCAAGUAGUGUGAGAUGGAAGGACAGACACAGCAACAAGUGUUCAAGCCUGUCUGGAGUUACAGUGACAAGGAAGUGAGUUAUUGAGAGAUGAACAUAUGGACAGAAGUGUAAAUACUUAACCGAAUCUACAGAGAGAAGAAAAAACAGCAUAUUUACAUCCUCACUUAUAGAAAGGUAGAAAUAUCACCAAAGAGAAGAGAGAAAGGCAUCAAAGUCACAUGUUGUACUACAGGAAAGUGUAAAUACUGACCUAAAUACACAGAGAAAACAGAAAAAAAAAUAGAAAAGAAUCAAAUUUGUGUAUAAUUGAAAAGUCUCCAGGGAAAAGAAAGGAAAAAGGAAUCAGAUCCACAUAUUUAACUACAGAAAAGUGUGAAUACUGAGGCGAACCAUGCAGGAAGAAGUAAUUUCAGCACAGCGUUGCCAAGCGUUGCCCAGCGUUGCCAGCAUUGCCCAGCGUUGAACAGAAGCAAGGGAGCAGAGACACCCACUCCAGGCUCCAUCCUCUUCCCUCUCAUUACGCAGUGUUGAGGCAAAUCCUGCGGUUCUAACAAGGAUUUAGACGGGAUUCAUCUUAAUGUGAUAGUUAAUGGCAGUGGUAGAAAUGGAAGGACUUGGGAAAUAGUGACCGGUGAUGGCAGUAAUGGUAGUGAUGGUAGUGAUGGCAGGAGUGGUCGUGGAAAAUUAAGGAAAAACUGGAAAAACAGAAGAGGCAUGAUUCCACAUUUUAUAGCAUCGUUUUACAGUCUUUUCUUUGUGUGUGAGUGCGUGUGUGUGUGUGUUUUUAACAGCUGACGCAACGCUCUGCCACGCGCCCUUCAAUCAAACAUACCUGCGCCAAUGUAGACUAAGACAGAAAGACAUAGAGAGUCAGUGUACUUACAAUGCGAGGCAGAGCGUUGGCCAGCACUGGAAGCAUCUCAAUUUAUUCUGUUAGGCAUCUUUAAGUCUCUCGGUGAAUAUCCUUUGUACGCUACACUCCCAAGGGCUCCUAAAUGACCCCCUUGUGAUAGCUUGGUAUGAGUGGCUGCUGUGAGAGGUGGUGAGGCACAGUGAAGAUUUGGAGUGUAAGUCUUGUAAGUUUUCUUGAGCUGUGGUUUUGAGGAGACGGAGCACGGUUUGAAGUGUCAUUUUUCCCCAUAAGUCAGGUUAGGUUAGGUUGCAAUGUCAUGGGUCAGGUUAGGUUUAAGUUAGGUUAGGUUAGGUUAUGAUAUCUUCGUCAAAUUUUUAUAGGGAAGUAAAAUUAAUUGUUCUCUUUGAUUUCGGCUCAGCGAGGUUUGAAAUGUAAUUCUUUCCCUUAGGUUAGGUUAGGUUACAACAUCAUGGGCAUAAAUUUCUAUAGGAAGUCUUAAAAUUUAUUCUGCACGAUUCAUUACAUCCAGGGAAUUUUGUGUCAUGGAAUUGUGUGGUGUGAAGUGUUUUGUACGGAAGGAUCUCAAAUUCUCCCUUCUCACGACGGUUAAGGCAGGACAUUAGUAACCAUUGAGGAAUCAUUUAGAUGGACUUUACCUAAACUCACCUGGGCUAAUGCAAACAACUGACACCUUUGACUAGAAACUCUUUUAUCCAACCCAAACCUAACCUAACCCGGCCAAAUCUACCCAAAACCCAGCACAACUUGAUCUAACCCAACGCAAGUGAUCGUAACCUAACCUAACCAAACUUGACCCAAACAAACCCAUUUAAGUCUAAGCCAGUUUAUGAAAGGGGUCUGGUAUUUUCACCCUUACAUGCCCUGCUCCUAAAGACUAAAAUUUGAUGGAAUUAUUACUGGCAUGGGUGUUGCUUUAAUUAGUGUGUAUUGGCGUGUGUGUGAGAGAGAGAGAGAGAGAGAGAGAGAGAGAGAGAGAGAGAGAGGGGACAGGUUUAUUUGUACAUGUGUUUGUGUGUUAGGGAAAAUAAGGAUGUAAAAUUAAAUGAUGAUUCAUGUGUGUGUGUGUGUGUGUGUGUGUGUGUUGGUUACUGCACAGGAAUUUAAGAUGCUGUGAUAAGUGUCUGACAUUGCAUCUCUUUGUGUGUGUGUGUGUGUGUGUGUUAUCAUCACAUGGCCGACAGGAAUGGGCAGUGUUAGUUUUGUAGUGCUGUCGUUUGUCCUGGAAUAAGAGAGAGAGAGGGGGGAUUAGACAGAAUUAGGUUUGUAGUGCUGUUUUGUCCUGGAGUAGUGAGACAAAUAGAGAGAGAGAGAGAGAGAGAGAGAGAGAAUGAUCAGCUGAUACCUACUAAACCAUUUCUCCCAUAAACACCUGCUACAAAUUUCUAGGCCUUUUUUGUACUUGUCUCUCAAACAGCUAGUCUUGGGAAGUCCAUGUAAAUUAACUUCUUAUUUUUUCGUCUUCUUUGUGGGUGCAAUUUUCGUGUAGCAUCUGUCAGUCCGUCAGCGAAGGGAAAAUUCACUGACGCAAUUACCUACAUCAGUCACAUUGUAUUCCAUCAGUCAGUCAGUCAGUCAGCGACCUGACACAAAUACUAACUUUUUUCACCACCAGUCAGUCAGUCAGCCAAUAUUCCUCUUGCUGACACCACAACCCAUCCCAACUCCGUCAGUGAAGAGGUGACAACUUGCUAACACAUUCCCCCAUCAGCCAGCCAGUCAAUCAAUAUUCCUCCCCUUGCUGUCACCAUAACCCCUCCCAACUCAUCAGUGAAGAGGUGACAGCUUGCUAGCACAUUCCCCCAUCAGUCAUUCAGUCAGUCAGUCAGCCUCUCCUUACUGACACCAUGCACCAAGUCAUUUAGUGUACAGGCAACAACUUCUUAACAAACUCCCCAUCCUUCGGUGCGUCAGUCAGAACUUCUCACUGGCUUUUCAAUAUACUGACUCCCCUGAUGGCUUGAAGUGUACUUAACCAGUGUAUAUGAGUCUUAUAAACCCCAUACUACCACUGUGACCUUGCUGAUGAACCCUGUGUCUUGUGGAUGGGUCAGGUCAGGUCUUUGUAAAGUGGUGAAUUGAUAGAUUGCAGUAAUAGUGGUGAUUGGUGAUGUGGACCUAAGAUUGGCUAUGUAGUGUGGUGAUGAAUACUUGUGGUGCUGUGAAUUGACUGAGAAAGAAAAUGGGGUUUGUAAAAGUGCUUGCAGGAAGGACAGUUUGUGGUGGCAGUGAAUUAAGUGUCUGGAAAGAAGAGAAGAUUUGUUGUUUUGUAAAGUGAUUGGUGAUUGUGUUAAGCUUGGGCUGGUGGUGGUGGUGGUGGUGGUAAUGAAGUGUGUUGAUUUGCAAAGUGUGUGUGCAUUUCAUUUUAUAAUUAGAGUGUGUGUGUGUGUGUGUGUGUGAGUGUGUGUGUGUGUAGAGAGAGAGAGAGAAGGUCUAAGGUUUGGCAUGGUGGUGGUGGUGGUGGUGGUGGAUAUUGUAAUUUAAAUAGUAUGUAUGCUUUUCAUUUUAUAACUAUAUAUAUAUUGCGUGUGUGUGUGUGUGUGUGUGUGUGUGUGUGUGUGUGUUCCAUUUUACAGAAAAAGUGCGUGUGCGUGUGUCAUUAUAGCGUUAUUCAUUUUUUACAAACUAUGUGUUAUGACUAAGAAAAACAGAAGUAUAUGCUGCACACCUAUUUAUCACAAGUAAACGUACCACUACAGAGAACAACACAACCAUUAGAACCACGCACUGUUUACAUAUAUACCUUCCCUGCAUUGCAUUUUAACAAACACAUCGAAACCAGAAAGAUACCACCACCACCACCACCUAACCAGACCGAACAUGACAAAGCCACUGGUACCCACAAUGCACAGCCACCACCACCACUCCUUUACGCAACAUGACAAACCUACUGGUACCCACAAUCCACCACCGCCACCACAGCACCAGAGGAACAAUUAAGGGCUCCACAAAGUAACCCUGCUAAUGUUGGUGUAGUAUCAGCCGGGACGGAGAGAGAGGGAGAGAGUGAGUGGUGCAUUAAGGCCACCACGAGCCCUCUCCUAAUUGUGCUUUAUUUUACGAGUCGCAUUUGUUUAUAAUUCCCUUGCUGUUUUCUUCACCGUGUCUGUCUGUCUGUAAGUAAACAACCAACCAGCCGCUUGACGUGUGUUUGUGUUCGUGUUCGUUUUGUGUUUUUAUUUGUCUUGAUUUAUUUGUCUUAUUACAUUGUUGGCUUCUUGAGCAGUACCCUUUUUUCUGACUUUUUUCAGAUAAUAUACAAAUAUACAAUGUUC